UCCGCCGAGAUUAAUUUCAUUAUAAUGAGGGCAUACAAUAAAAAAAAUCGCCGACAAAUAUUAAAACUUCACUAGUCCCCAAUAGAAGUUUUGGCCAUUCACUAACGAGUUUUAUUGGGCUGCUCUUCGGAGAGCAGCGUACAGGCAUUUAAAAAAAUUAUCUCAAAAUGGUCAAAUAUAAAGAUAGUAAGAAAAUGCAUAACAGGCCACAACUUGCACAAAAGCCUGAUAAUGUAACUUUCGCAUAUCGUACACACCAACGUCAAAGUGUAUCGCUACGGAGCACAGCAGUGCAUAUAAGCCACAGCGAACGAACAUUACCGGCUUGCACUUGCUCAAGUUUAAACAAUCAAACCAAUACCCGCGCUCAAAUACAGUCCUUGCACUGGUACUCUAAUCCGCACAGACGGUUGUUUUACGCGUUCGUUUUAGCUUCAUUGCUUUGUAUCCUCUUCUGCUCGGGUGUCACGGGCGAACAUGUGCGCGAACUCGAAAUAUCCGAAGGUGUACCCAUUGGACAUCAGAUUGGUUUUAUUGGUGAAUUUUCUCAUAGCGUGGAUAGCGGUCCACCGUAUUUGAUCGUACCGGUACCGGGUAGUGGGGUGGACACUGAUCUCGCCAUCGACCAUACGACCGGUGAGAUACGGACUAAAGUGUAUUUGGAUCGUGAGACCCGUGCGUCAUAUAGCUUGGUUGCUAUCCCAUUGAGUGGCGAAAAUGUGCGCGUAGUGGUGCGUGUGUUGGACGAGAAUGACAAUGCGCCGACAUUUCCACAACCGGUAAUGAAUAUCGAGUUUCCUGAAAAUACGCCGCGUGAUGUGAAAAGAACGUUGAAUCCUGCACGUGAUCUAGACCUAGGCCAAUACAAUACACAGCGUUAUAAUAUCGUAUCGGGUAAUGUGAAUAAUGCGUUCCGCCUGUCGUCCCAUCGCGAGCGCGACGGUGUGCUGUACUUGGACUUGCAGAUUAAUGGAUUCCUUGAUCGCGAAACGACACCGGGAUACAGUUUGGUGAUUGAAGCCUUAGAUGGUGGUAGUCCACCUUUGCGUGGACAGAUGACUGUAAACAUUACCAUACAAGACGUCAACGACAACCAGCCAAUUUUCAAUCAGAGUCGGUACUUUGCAACUGUCCCAGAAAAUGCCACCGUUGGCACUAGCGUAUUGCAGGUAUACGCAACGGACACAGAUGCUGAUGAAAAUGGACUGGUGGAGUAUUCCAUAAAUCGGCGACAGAGUGACAAGGAACAAAUGUUUCGCAUCGAUUCACAAACUGGUUUGAUUUCGGUGAAUAAACCAUUGGAUUUUGAAACUAAGGAAUUACACGAGCUCGUUGUGGUGGCCAAAGAUCAUGGCGAGCAACCACUAGAGACCACCGCAUUUGUGUCCAUACGCGUAACAGAUAUCAAUGAUAAUCUGCCGACGAUUAAUGUCAUUUUUCUCAGCGAUGACGCAACGCCCAAGAUCUCCGAGUCGGCGAAACCCGGUGAGAUUGUGGCACGUAUUUCCGUCAAUGAUCCCGAUUCAAAGGCCGAAUAUUCGAAUGUAAAUGUUACACUCAAUGGUGGCGAUGGACACUUUGGACUUAACACUCGAGACAACAUAAUAUAUUUAGUAAUCGUUUCACAGCCACUUGAUCGUGAGUCUCAGUCAAACUAUACGCUCAGCGUUGUGGCCACAGAUAAUGGCACACCACCAUUGCAUGCUUCAAAGACUAUUUAUCUGCGCGUAACGGACAUCAAUGAUAAUGCGCCAGAGUUCGAGCAUGAAGUGUACCAUGCCAAUGUGAUGGAAGUUGCUGAUCCGGGCACAUCUGUUUUGCAGGUGGCUGCUUUCGAUCGCGACGAGGGUAAUAAUUCGGCGGUGAUUUACGCGCUAGCCGAUACCCCGGAAACGCAUGCCGAAUGGUUUCAAAUUGAUCCGCACACGGGCUUGAUAACCACGCGCGCGCACAUCGAUUGCGAAACCGAACCGGUGCCACAGCUGACUGUCAUUGCCAAAGACAAUGGCCAUCCACCGCUCUCGUCAACCGCCACAGUGCUCGUCACAAUACAUGAUGUCAACGAUAAUGAACCGAUUUUUGAUCAAAGCUUCUACAAUGUUUCAGUUGCAGAAAAUGAACCGGUUGGACGUUGCAUUCUAAAGUAUCCUAAUCAUCAUCCGAUUGCCAUGUAA